GCAAUUAGGUUUUUGAAUUAAUCAUUUUUGUUUUGCAUUUGAAAAAAACUGAAAAACUUUUCAAAUUAUUAUGGCACCAAUUCCCGAAAAAGAUAAUAAUGAUCAUGAAUCGAUUGUAUUGGAACCAUUGGGUCAAUAUUUAUUUGAUGAUCAAAUUAUUGAUAAUUUUCGGGAUAAAAUUUUUCUGACAGAAGGUCUUACUGGAAAACAAAUAACAUUUGGUCAAUUGGAACAACAAACACAUUCUUUAGCUAAAUCAAUGAUAUCAUUAUUGGGUAUUGAAUCGAAUGAUAUUUGUGCAAUAAUGGGUGAUAAUUCCAUACAAAAUUGUAUUGUUAUUUGUGCUUGUUUAUUAUUAAACAUACCAUAUACAUCGAUUUCACCCGUAUUUACUCAUUUUUAUCUUGGCCAACAAUUAAAUCAAACUGAAGCAAAAUAUUUAUUUAUAUCACGUAAACAUUAUCCAAAAAUUGAACGUCUUUUUAAACAAGAUGAUAAUUGUCAAUUAAAAAAACGAUUAAAAGUAAUUGUUUUUGAUAAUAAUGAUCCAUUGGAAAAUCCAAUUACUGAUUGUAGUAAUUUUGAAAAAUUAAUCGAUGCUUUUCAAGAUGUUAAAAUCGAAACAAUACCAUAUUUUUCCAAAUCAAUUGAUUCAACAGUAACCAUUGUGUUUACAUCUGGAACAACAGGUAAACCAAAAGGUGCUUGCCAUACACAUAGAUCUAUUAUGAACAAUCUUAUCAAUUUAAAACGUUUUGAACCAUUAAAAUUAUAUCAUCGAUUAUCAACAUUAUUAUUAUUACCAGUGACUCAUUUAAGUGGAAAUAGUUUAUUCUUUUUUCUAAUGGCUACACAAACACCGAUAGUAUUGUUUGAUUAUUCUCAAAUUGAUUCUGUGUUUGAGAUUAUUGAGAAAUAUAAAAUUGUUCAAAUAUAUGGAACAUCAAAUGCUAUGAAUACAUUGGUCAAAAAUCAUGAAGGACAUGAUAUUUCAAGCAUUCGUUUAGCAAUGACUGGUGGAACAAAAUUAGCCGAAAGUACGGCCAAUAUUUUGUUCUAUGAUCUUGGUAUUAAAAUUUUAGAUGCAUAUGGUUCAACUGAAUGUAUUUUCAUAUCAGCAAAUAAUCGUUUAGAUCGAAUACCGGAUAAUGUGGGCAAAGUACUUGGAUGUUAUCAAAUGAAAUUGAUUGAUUUAGUUACUAAAGAUACCAUUACAUUACCGGGAAAAUCGGGUGAAAUUUGUAUAACUGGUUCAAGCUUAUUUCGAGAAUAUUUUAAUAAUCCUGAAGAAACUAAAUUGGCUAUUGAUGAUGAAGGCUGGUUUCAUACUGGUGAUGUUGGACAAUUAGAUGAGGAAGGAAAUCUGAAAAUAGUCGAUCGAAUAAAAGAAUUGAUCAAAUUCAAACAUUUUUCAGUGUUUCCAGCUGACAUUGAAUGCUGUUUAAUGAGUCAUUCGGCUGUGAAAGAAAUUGUUGUUGUACCGGUUAAACAUCGUGAAUAUUAUCAAGUUCCACGAGCAUAUGUCAUUUUUAAAAAUGAUCAAAUUUCCAUCAAAGAAUUGGAAGAAUUUGCCAAUGAAAAUCUUGGCAUUCAUCAACAAUUACUUGGAGGUUUGAUUCAAAUCAAUGACAAACAUCUUAAAUCUACAUCGAUGGGCAAAGUAGACAGACAAUACUAUAAACGUCUUUGUGCUGAUGAAAUUCUUGAUUGAAUUUUAAUUAAUAAUUGUACUAAAUUGCCUGCAAAAUUUUAUAAUAAAUUUUCAAAAAAUUUUUUUUUAUAAA